CGGAGCACCCGGAGGAAACCCACACCAACACGGGGAGAACAUGCAAACUCCACACAUAAAUGCCAACUGACUCAGCCGGGACUCGAACCAGCGACCUUCUUGCUGUGAGACCACAGGGCCUCCUUAAAAAGCAAAGUUAACAGGAGAAUGUGUGCGGCUAGGAACAGAACACACACACACACACAGACAGACAGGCAUCAUCAGGAGAAAGGGUGUGUACUGAACGCUGGACAAACGCUGUGGAAACUAAAGACGAGGACAGGCUGAGCUGAACUCAACAACACACAGUGUGAUGUCCACAGGCCCGCAGGACUCCAGCAUGGAUCAGCUUGGUCUGCAGAGGAGAGGAGAACUCGUGUCCUAUCAGAUUUUCCCUGACCCAGAGGAGGAGCAGCAGGAUCAGGAUCAGGAUCAGGAUCCAGCUCAAGUGCGCAACAGUGUGGCUCGACUUAAGGAGCGUCUGCCAUCUAUCGUGGUGGAGCCGUCGGAGGAGAGCGAGGAAGAGGUGCAGCAGUGGUUCCCCCGAUCCCAGAGCUCCAUCGAGGAGCAGGAGCCGGAGGAGGAGCUGGAGCUGUUCCAGGACCAGUGUGAGCCCAGUGGAGGCGGACAGGACGAGAACAGAGAUGUGGACGGAGUUCCUCACUUUAAACGUUCAUCAAUUCCUGGGAUUGAGAUUGACUACAACAGACUGACCCCGCCCCCUUUGCUGACAUCAUCACACGCGGCUCCGCCCUGCCUCCGCAGCUGAGGGACAAACAGGCGAAUGACAAACACACUGACACAACGUCACGUCUCAGGGGGAUUUCUGCUGUGCAUAUAUGUUCAAUGCAGUGUAAAAAAGUAGAUGAAAGUGUCUGCCAAAUGCAUUGUAUUUUUGUGGACUGAAAACUCUUCAGCAUGCUGUGCUUUCUGAUGAUAACUGGGGAAUCCACAUAUAUAUUGGUCAUUUGUAAAUGCUACCAUCGAGAUUGAACCCAUACAGUUGGUGCAUUUGGUGUUUGAUGAUUUAGUGAUAUUAAAUCUUAUUCUUGGAUUGAAAUAAAACCAGUCAUGUGAGCAGUAUGAUAUAUAGGACACACGUGUUUAUGUAUCUGUGUUAAAUUUG